CCAACAAAAUGGAGAAUCAGACUCUCAAUCAGUCAUGGGAGUCUCCUGACACAGAAAAAGGACAUCGUCCCUUUAACAUGAAUCAUUACGCUACUAAGAAGAGUGCAGCACAGAGCAUGUUGGAUGUGGCGCUGCUAAUGGCGAACUCAUCUCAACUAAAGACAGUACUGCAUGCAGGACCUAAUAAAUCCUUUUAUAUUCCUCUCAUUUUGCUGAUCUCACUGUCCAUCGCACUGCAGAUCAUUGUUGGUGUCCUACUAGUCUUAAUUGUGAAGAAUGACCUGAAUGAUGUUGGGAAACAGUCAAGGCUCAACAAUAUGAAUAAUGUGGCCACUGUUAUUGUGUUCUUUAUUGUGAUCGUCAACAUUUUCAUCACAGCGCUGGGAUUUGAGUCGGGAAGCCCUAGAUCCAAGAUAUCAAAGCUCAAGUUUAUACCUGCUGAACAGAGGAUAGAGGUUCAAAGCACCUUCAAAGUCCUUACUAUUAAAGCAGUAAAACUGUCUUGGAAACCUACAGAAGAAGGGCAGCUUCAGGGUGUCAAUGUUCCUAGGAGAGAGGAACAGUCAGUGCAAGAAAACCUCCUCCAGUCUGACACAGAGAGCCUUAGUGAAGAGGAAGAGUUGCAUGAGCACCAAAAGAUUCAGAUGGUGAGAAAGGAAGUACAGAUGUAUUUCUCAGAAUCACAAAUACCCAAAACAAGAAGAUCCUCUAAGUUGGUGGAAGGAAAAUGA